AUGGAUUCCAGCAGUUCAAAUUUAGGACAUACAGUAGAGAAAAGUUCUGCCCUCUCCACUCAAACUCGUUCCGACCUUUCAAACGAGACAUCUCAGUUUGCUGCCACCCGGAUUGACUGGAAGGAGACACCGGAAAGCCACGUGUUCAAGGCGGAUCUUCCGGGGCUGAAGAAAGAGGAAGUAAAGGUUGAAGUUGAGGAAGGUAACAUACUGCAGAUUAGUGGAGAGAGGAACAGGGAGAAAGAGGAAAAGAAUGAUACAUGGCACCGUAUGGAGAGGAGUUCCGGCAGAUUCCUCCGCCGGUUCAGGCUGCCGGAGAAUGCAAAAAUGGAGCAGGUUAAGGCCAGUAUGGAGAAUGGCGUGUUAACUGUAACUAUCCCCAAAGAAGAGGUGAAGAAGCCUGACCAUUGA